AUGGCCCAUGGCGACGACCAACCGUUGUCUAUACGACCAUCUCCCGUCGCCGAUCGCAAACCUCAGAACAUUGCAGAGUUCAUUGCUCGCGCCAACGCGCAACCUGGAGGCUUCAGAGCUAUAAACGAGGCCAAGCUAAGAGAAGAGCUUGCCCAGGAGGAAGCGGAGUAUGGGGAUGCGCUGGAUAGGGAUGUUGACAUGACCGAUGUAGACCAAGACGACGACGACGACGCGGAUGCGCCGAGAGACCUCCAGGAAGUGCGCAUGGAGAUGCUAAAGAAUCUUGACGCCGCAGGGAAUACAGCUCUUCUUACCCUCGACUUCCUCUCCCUCCUCAUCUCGAAACAGAACCCUACACAGGCUGGUGUCACUCUAUCACAAGGCCUACGCGACAUGGUUGGCAUCGGUACACUGGGCACUGACAGGCUUGAUAACCCACCCGUGACUCCAGCCAAAGUACAAGAACAGGAGAACAUAGCAUUGGGUCUGGCACUCACACAGACGAACAAAGCACGGGAUGCUGCCGAAGCUGCCAGUGCAUUCUUGGAAAAAGAAGUCACGGUUGAGGGCAAAUACUGGGAGGAGAUCACAGCGGUCCAGAAAUCCGGGUGGUCAAUAUCCAGAGUGCCCCAAGAAAGGCAUACACUUGGUGUUCGAUUUGGUUUCUCCGAAGCUGCACCCGAGUACAGGAACAGUCUAGCACCCAUGAGGCGAGGCAACGACGGGGCUGUUCAGCUUGAUUGCGGCCGGCUGGGAGGAGUAUCUGAGCGAGUUGUUGUGACAUAUGAAAGAGACGGUCAAGUUACCGGUCGCUCUGCUUUACCAGCUGAGACGGCUGCUGACGCUCCCUUGGAAGAGCGUGUUCUUGAAGCCCGAAACACCAUCUUCUCACAAGAGCUAUGGCAUGAACUGACACGCGAAGCUCGCACCCUUGCAGCAUACGAUGUCAAGCCAUACGAUUCCCGCCUCAUCUGCGAUAUAGAUCCAGCAUCCAAAUCAAGGGUCAUCUUAGAGCUGGUGCCGCUUGGCCCUCAGGCUUCUUCGGAUGACGCUCUUCCUGAUAACCAAAUCGCUGAGACGAUAUCCCUUGCGCUGCAUACCCUCCUUAGCUACGCUCAUCGACAGAACGAGCUCACCAGAACUCGCCCUAUUCCGCCUCAUAUCCCACGAUCGAGAGGCCAGCAAACACAUGCUCUUCUACGUCCUAUAAUCGCUCGCCUCAUGCACCUCCACAACGUCCAGGUCGUCACCAAGCACAUUGGUGUCCUCGUUCAGUCUCUUCAGCGCGCUGGCUUCCCGUCACGUUUCGUCCUCAACACAACCCCUAUUUCUCUCAACGACUCAGAUCCCGCGAAUCAGGGACCCAACCAACUUGCAUCGUCGCAGAUCAUGAUUCGGAAUAUGCUUCAGCCCAUUGAGUUCAACAUCAAGCUAACCAUUCUUCCCAAUGUCAGCUUCACCGUCCGCGGCCGGACAUUCCUCAUGCCCGUUACAGCGACUUAUUACUAUGUAAUCACCCCCCCGAACUCACCUCUUUCGGCUGCAUGUGCACCAUAUCGGGAAGGAUAUCCAGACGCAAAUGCACUGGCUGAUUACCUCGGCACUGCUACCACACGCCUUCUCGUCGAGCACUACCUCGCUAUUCUCCCCUCGCCAUGGUCCAAAGGCAUACAGGGCAAUGCCAUUCUCAACGCCAAGAACGAGGAUUGUCGGAUGGUCUUCACAGUCACGCAAGAGCCGACCCUCCAUCUAAAGAGCACGUCUAUCGUUGACGGGCAACUGGUGUCCCAGGAAUGGACGUGGUCGGACGACGCCACCAAAAUACAUGUUCAGGACAUCAUAGAUACCGAGGUUUCCAAAUUAAACCUCUGA